AUGGCAACAACCGAGUCCCGACACGCAAGCAAGUCCUCCAUAUCAGCCCUCGAAGCAGCGCGGGCACGAAUACGCAAAGAUGACCAGUCCUUCGAGCCUCGCACACCACCUCAUCACCGGAACCGGUCGAUGGUCUCAUCCUUUGGCUCCUCAUCUUCGCCGUUAUCAUCAUUCCGCAACGAAGAAGACGCUAUAAUCCUCGAAAUGGGCGCUCGUUCCCUGCGCGCAGGAUUCGAGGGUGAGAGUACGCCCAUGUGUUCUGUGAGCUUCGGGCCGGAAGAGUCAAGAAAAGUCGGCGAUUAUCGAGGCUGGGCCAAAUUAAACAAGAGCACAACAGAAGGAGAAGGUGUCAGCUUUUUGGAUGCAGAGGAGUGGGUCAAAAACCACGAGUUGUGGCGCAUGGAUCUUAGGGAGGUUGACCUGGGACUUGUGGAAGAUAAACUUGAACGUGCAGUACGCGAGAUCUACAAUAAGUAUCUCUUGACGGAUGCAGGAAAUGCGCGUCUUGUGUUGGUCAUGCCGUCCGUGAUGCCGCAUCCUUUGCUAUCGGUUGUCCUUGAAACAUUGUUCGAUCGCUGGAGAUUUCCCUCUAUUACGCUUCUACCGUCUGCUGCCAUGGUAGCUGCUGCUGCGGGAGUGCGUGCAGCCUUGGUGGUCGAUAUAGGCUGGGCUGAAACGACGGUCACUGCUAUUUACGAAUACAGAGAUAUCGCCUCAAAAAGGAGUACUCGAGCAAUGAAAACACUCAUGCAACAUAUGGGGCGGAUGCUAUCCCAUCUGGACAAUUCGACGCAAGAAGAAACGAAAAAGGCCGGGAAAAUAUCAGUCAAUUUUGAAUACUGCGAGGAAGUCGUGAGCCGGUUUGCGUGGUGUAAAUCCACAGCAGAGGACGAGAACUUGAACAAGCAUGUUUCAAUUCCAUCACCUUUGAGUCCCGACUCAGGAUACACAGAGGUUCCAUUUUCUCAAUUUGCAAAGCCGGUCGAAGCCAAUUACUUUGCUACCGGUACCGACGAGCACGAGUUUGACGACGACGAGACACCAAUUCACAGUUUAAUCUACAAUGCCUUGUUAGAGCUUCCGCCAGAUAUACGUGGAGCUUGCAUGUCUCGUUUGAUAUUUGUGGGAGGCGGAUCGAGGAUACCGGGUAUCCGCCAACGUAUAUUAAAUGAAGUCUCAUCGCUGGUUGCAGAGCACGGGUGGGAUGCAACAAGGGGACGUGCUGUGGAAGAGCAGCGAAAGAAAUUACAAGAGCUCAGAAUUGGCCGAGAACUUGAACAUGCACCCGAGCAAAAAGUCGACACUACAGACGAAGCGCACAAGGCAUCACCAUCAGAAGAGAAGAAAGACGAAGAAAUUGAUUUCGUCGAACAGAGGAUCCGCCGCAAUCAAGCCCGAAACAGCAAACCCUUCAUUCAAGGCCAGUUACGUCAAGUCGAAUCUUUGGGAGCGUGGGCGGGCGCCAGCCUUAUCACAAGUCUCAAAAUUAGAGGGCUCGUCGAAGUUGAGCGCGAAAAGUUCCUUCGUGAUGGAUUGGCGAGUGCAAGCAGAGAUUUGGAUGGUCACCAUCAAGUAGCGGAUCGACGGUCUGGUGUUCGUUCGUCUGUUAUAAGUGAUCGGUCGAGCUGGACUUUGGCGGGUUGGGGAUAA